AUGGGGGGUGAACAAGUAUCUAUGGUAAGAAAACCCGGCAUAACUACCACUAUGAAAACUAUGAUCUCAUAUGGUGCAUCGAAUGUUAAAUUCCUAGAAACAGUUGGAUGGGGUUUAUGUGAUGAAAAACAGGUUAUUCUUGAUCAAUCGACCCAUAUUUUUAGCGGCAAACUACCGCUCAAAUAUUUAAUGGGGUUUGCUGAGGAUUACAAUAAAGGUAUUCUGAAUAUAAAGCAGGAAUUGAUACUCAUCAUUGCUCGCUCAUUCAAAAAUUCCUACAUGGGCGACUGUGAUGCAGAUAUUGAGUUAAACAAAAUCGAGUGGAGAAUAAGGCAUGUUAUGCCGUCAGAUAAGCAGAAAUUGAAACUAUUGAACCGUUUGAAUAAAAAUGCGACGGCAAAAGUAAAAAUUGCAUACAGAAUGUGGGAUCUGUAUGAGUUACCAACCAUUCGUGAAACAGCUUCAGAUAUUUGGGCUGUAAAAACAACCUCGAGCCUCGAGCGUCCUCGAUACGUUAUAAUUGGAUUCCAACACACGGAUCAUACAGAUAAUGUUUCCAAGGACAUCACAAAAUUCAUUCAUGCUGGAGUCAACAAUAUCCGGCUAUAUUUGAAUUCAGAAGUUUACCCAUACGAGCGAUGGAAUUUGGAUUUCGAUAAAAAGUUGGACGCCAUAGCUUAUUAUGCAUACGACAAUUUUCAACGGAGUUACUACGGUAAAGAUAUGGGUGAACCAAUGAUGAGUAUCGAGGAAUUUAGGAAAAAUCCUCUCUUCAUCAUCGAUUGCUACCAUCAGCCUGAUGCAAUGAAAGCCUCAACCGUUGAUAUCAAGUUGGAGUUUGAAACUCGCAAGACAAAGUUUCCAUCUAACACUAAAGUCUACGCACUGAUUCUCCAUGAUGCAUUCUUGACGUACAGCGCACUGGAUGGUUCCAUACAGAUGGGUGCUAAAUUAAUGAAUGAAUGA